AUAUACUUUUUAUGAAGUUAACAAGGAGCCGGGACGCCUCCCACCCUCAGUGUUGAGCGGAGCCGCUAGAGUGGAGAAACACAUAGCGGAGUCCGGUCCAUCUCUACCGCAGCUAGCUAACCCCGCAGCAAGGCCACUGCGGGAAGAUGGCGACGGAAAAAGUGAAGCAUGAAGGAAGAGUUAAAAUUGGACAUUACAUUCUCGGAGACACUCUCGGAGUGGGGACGUUUGGGAAGGUUAAAGUGGGCCAACAUGAGCUGACCAAGCAUCAAGUGGCAGUGAAGAUCUUGAACAGGCAGAAGAUCCGCAGUUUGGAUGUGGUGGGAAAGAUUCGCCGGGAGAUCCAGAACCUCAAGCUUUUCAGGCACCCUCACAUAAUUAAACUGUAUCAGGUUAUCAGCACCCCUACAGAUAUCUUCAUGGUGAUGGAGUAUGUCUCAGGGGGAGAGCUCUUUGACUACAUCUGCAAAAAUGGAAAGUUGGAUGAAAAGGAGAGUCGACGACUGUUCCAGCAGAUCAUUUCAGCAGUAGACUACUGCCACAGACACAUGGUGGUACAUCGAGACCUUAAGCCAGAAAAUGUGCUGCUUGAUGCGCAUAUGAAUGCUAAGAUUGCAGACUUUGGACACCACUCCCCUGAGAGUUAUCUGAACCCUGCAGUAAUAAGCUUACUGAAACACAUGUUGCAGGUGGACCCGAUGAAAAGAGCCACCAUCAAAGAGAUCCGAGAGGACGAGUGGUUCAAAAAAGAUCUGCCAAAGUACUUGUUCCCUGAGGACCCCUCCUACAGCAACAACAUGAUCGACGACGAGGCCCUGAAGGAGGUUUGCGAGAAGUUUGAGUGCACAGAGGAGGAGGUCCUUGCCUGCAUAUACAGUCGCAACCAUCAGGAUCCAUUGGCUGUUGCCUACCAUCUCAUCAUUGACAAUCGUCGCAUCAUGAGCGAAGCCAAGGAUUUCUACUUGGCAUCUAGCCCUCCUGACUCUUUUCUAGAUGACCAACACCUGACUUCAUCAGGUGCAGCGAUAGUGAAGCCUCACCCUGAGCGUGUACCUUUUCUCGUGGCGGAGACUCCUCCCAGGAGUAUCCGUCACACACUGGAUGAACUGAACCCUCAGAAGUCCAAGCACCAGGGUGUUAGGAGAGCCAAGUGGCACCUGGGUAUACGCAGUCAAAGUAGACCAAAUGAUAUCAUGACCGAGGUGUGCCGUGCAAUGAAACAGCUGGACUAUGAGUGGAAGGUUGUGAAUCCAUACUAUCUGCGUGUGAGAAGGAAGAAUCCUGUUACUGGGAUGCUUGCCAAGAUGAGCCUUCAACUGUACACAGUGGACAGCAGAACCUACCUCCUUGACUUCCGUAGCAUAGAUGAUGAUAUGUUGGAGACAAAAUCUGGAAGUGCUACCCCUCUGCGCUCUGGCUCUGUGGGCAACUACCGGACCGCUAUUAAGAACGAUGUAGAUGGAGCAGAACUUCCAGGUACACCUAGUACCGUGCACCCCACCAAGACUGGAGAAGGCUCUUUGACGUCAUCGUUGACCUCAUCCAUAGAUUCCACAGGAGGCGGGGACAAUGCAUCUGUCCCUCGACCAGGAAGCCACACCAUCGAGUUCUUUGAGAUGUGUGCAAAUCUUAUUAAACUACUUGCACGAUAGCUCGCAAAACAAUCGCUAGCCUUUUUCUCCCUCUGAGUGUCUUUAUAGCAAUAAGCAUGCAACUGAAUCGUGGCUCAGUUCAUCCCGGCUGAGGAUGAAGUGAUUGUUCCAUGGCACUGAUGCAGGUUGGUGUUCCCUAAGCUGAAGGGAUGUAUACUGAGCUGACUGGGGAUGCAAAGGGUUACUGGGGGAAAGACAAAUGACUAGCUGAUUAAUUAGCUAGGACAGAACAUUUAGGAACGAGGGUUUUACAAUUUCCUGAACAACUUAAUAGCAAGCGUCUACAUCCAAACUACACAUAUGCGCAAGUGAUUACACUGAAUUUUCUGUACUGUAGUCAGGUGAGCACUGCUUUUCAGUACAGAGAGCAAAAUCACAUUCUUACCUGUACAAAAGGAAGCCACACAUGGAGAUUGGGGGUUUGGGUGGCAGUCACGGGAUGCAGGAAGCACUUUUGCACAAGUUUCUUUUAUUUCCUGCUGCUGUUGGUUUUUUUUGGGUUUUGUUUUUUUUUUGGUUCUUUUCAGUAGGGAUCUGAGAAUUGGUGCACAUGUUCCAAAGCGUUAUAUAUAACUAGGGUGGGCAUACCCAUCACAUUCAUUGGAGUCUGAAGAAGUUCUGUGACUCCUGUAUUUCUGUCUUGCGUCAGGGACUAAAGAAUGCGUUCAUCAAAUUUAUGUUGGGUUAUUAUUAUUAUUAUUUUUUAAAUUCUUUUUAAGAAAUUGUCAGACUAAAUUUCAUGGUUUUGUCCUGUUGUGAAAAUGUGUUUUUGAAUUUAUCUGUCCCCCACCUUUUUAUAUAUAAAGACGUAAACAUAUUUAUCAGUGCAUUAAAUAGGUGGAGUGUUGGUUGUAAAGGAAAUUGAUUUUUUUUUUUUCUUUCUUUCUUGCAAUAAGAUCUAU